AUUUGUUUGUCGGUGCUCUCGCCGCUGCCGCUGUCUGUCCUUGCCUCUCCCAGGAAUGCCACUCUUGUUCUUGACGGCCGGUCGGUGCCCUGUCGCUUGUCUCUGCCUCACCAGGCGGUCAUGCUGGCCGCUUUCGUGGCAAGGCGCAUGUUGACGAACCAUGUUGACGAGCCAUGUUGACGAACCAUGUUGAUGAACCAUGUUGAUGAACCAUGUUGACGAGCCAUGCUGCUCGUCCUCCGUCCUCGAUAACCGAUUCCUCGCAGGAGAUGCCCCUCCGAGAGCCCCGGUCGUCUGGAGGAAGGGGAUGUGUCACCGAUGCAGUGCCGGCCGAAUCAUGCAUCCGUCUCGACGCAUUGCCCUGCGAUGAAUAUUCCCGAUCCCAAAUCCGAUCCCACACCCGCAUUGAUUCUCCCACCACAUCGAUUCCGCUCCCACACCUCGCAUCUACAUUCCCGCUGGCCUCGACCAUGGAUUAUCUCCUCGUCCUGCUCCUGUUGGUCGUGCUAUGGAUGCUCCAGCGUUGCCACACCCAGACCUGCCUCAACCAUCGCUAUCUGCGCCAGAUUGACCAGCGGCUUGCCAUUCUUUCUUCGCGCUGGAAUAGUCCCACCGCCGCCGGCUCGCAUCCUGCCCAUGACCCAGAACCCUCGACCCCAGCAGCGUCGUCUCCUCUGGAGCAUAUCCGAUCGCACGCCGUCGACUCGGACAAUACCCUCUCGCUCUGCGCUGGAGCCGAGCGAGACAUCCAGUUCCUGCGCUCGCACUUUGUCCAUCUCGGCCGUCUACUCGACCUCUUUUCGCGCUGCGCCGUUCUGCUUUCCGAGUCCGCCACCAUCCGCCUCGAGGUCCAGUUGUCUCGUUGCUGGGCUCCUCUCCGCUGCCACGACUCUGUCGGCCGCAGGUCGUCUGCAGGCCAGCCGGCAUCCACGUCGCCUCUGCGCGAAAGCCCAUGCAACUCGGACCUCUCGGAGGAUCGGUGCUCGGCCGCGGCUGCUGCAUCGCAGGCAUCCCAAGCAUCGCAGGCAUCCCAAGCAUC